CACGCCCCCCUUGCCGCUCUCCCCUCCUGAUAAAUAAAACCAGCAUCUAUCUACUCUCCGGUUCUUCAAUCCAUUCGUCGUCCCUUAUUUCCCCCUAAUUACGGCAUAGAAGAAAAUGGCGAGGAAGAAGAUCCGGGAAUACGAUUCAAAGCGACUCUUGAAGCAGCAUCUCCGGCGACUCUGCGGCAUCGAGCUUCACAUUAGAUCCGCUCAGAUAACGGAAUCCACCGAAAUCAAUGAAUUGGUGGAGAGGGAACCGUGGCUUUUGUCAGAGAAGUUGGUGGUGAAGCCGGACAUGUUGUUUGGGAAGCGCGGCAAGAGUGGGCUGGUGGGGCUUAAUCUUGAUCUAAAUCAAGUCGCUUCAUUCGUUAAGGAUCGUCUUGGGAAGGAGGUAGAGAUUGGGGGAUGCAAAGGCCCGGUAACCACUUUCAUUGUAGAGCCUUUUGUACCGCACUCCCAAGAAUUUUAUCUCUCCAUCGUUUCUGAUCGUCUUGGCUGCAAUAUUAGCUUCUCAGAAUGUGGUGGGAUUGAAAUCGAAGAGAAUUGGGACAAGGUUCGGACUGUUUUCAUUCCAUGUGAGACAUCAUUGACUUCAGACAACUGUGCUUCUUUGAUAGCAACCCUGCCGCUGGAGCUAAAGGGAAAGAUUGAAGAGUUUAUCAAAGCUGUCUUCAUUUUGUUCUUAGACUUGGACUUUACCUUUCUCGAGAUGAAUCCUUUUACAUUGGCUAAUGGAAAUCCUUAUCCGUUGGAUAUGAGGGGAGAGCUGGAUGACACUGCUGCUUUUAAGAACUUUAAGAAGUGGGGUGAUAUUGAAUUCCCAAUGCCUUUUGGUAGGGUGAUGAGUGCUACAGAGACUUUUAUCCAUGGCCUGGAUGAGAAGACGAGCGCAUCUUUGAAAUUCACAGUCUUGAACCCUCGAGGGAGGAUAUGGACAAUGGUAGCUGGAGGAGGUGCUAGUGUCAUUUAUGCUGACACGGUUGGUGAUUUGGGCUAUGCUUCUGAGCUCGGAAAUUAUGCAGAAUACAGUGGAGCUCCGAAGGAGGAUGAAGUUUUGCAAUAUGCUCGAGUUGUCAUUGAUUGCGCAACUUCAAAUCCUGAUGGCCGCAAGAGGGCUCUUCUGAUUGGAGGAGGAAUAGCCAACUUUACAGAUGUUGCUGCUACAUUCAAUGGAAUUAUUAGAGCUUUAAGAGAGAAGGAAGCCAAGCUGAAAGCUGCGAGAAUGCAUGUUUAUGUGAGAAGAGGAGGCCCAAAUUAUCAGGCUGGCCUAGCAAAAAUGCGAAAACUUGGGGAGGAAGUUGGCAUCCCUCUUGAAGUGUAUGGACCUGAGGCGACUAUGACUGGUAUCUGCAAGCAGGCAAUCGAAUGUAUUACUGCUGCUGCAUAAGCUCCAAAGGAACUCAAUUAUUUUCCUAAGCUUUAGCAUAUAU